AUGCUUUCUCAACGGCGACUACGGCUGCUAGUCAUUGCAGUCGUGGCAUUUCUGUUCAUGUCGUUUUACUAUUCUGUGCGUCACCGAUCGAGCGCCCCAAACACCAACAUUACGUCGAACGCUAACACAAUCCAGGGCGAAGCCAGCAAAAUCCAGAACCAGAAAUUCUACCGCUCUACACUCGAUGCGAUGAAAUCGAAAGAAGCCAACCAUGCCAAGACACAAGAAAAGAUUCAAAAUGCCAUGCAUGCACCAGGAAACUCCCCUGGCACUGGCGCCGGCGCCGGCGCCAGAAGCGACGCAGAAGCGCAGAAACCCGCUAUUCCCAAAGCGAACGAAGACACAGAGGAGAUUCCGAUCGCGGGACGGACGAAGAUGACAGUUCCCAAGAAGCAGGAUACAAACGUCAACGCGAAGGAAGCGCAAGUCGCAAGCGAACAGAGCGAAGAAGAGAAAGAGCGCGAAAUCAAGGAGAAGAAAGAGGCCGAAGCAAAGAGCGAAUUGAAUGAUAUUCUCAAGAGAGCUCCUGUUAUUGUCUUUUCCAAGUCUUACUGCCCUCACAGCAAGAGAGCUAAGAAUAUUCUGCUGGGACACUACGCGAUCAAGCCUGAGCCGUUUGUUGUGGAGUUGGAUUUGCAUCCGCUUGGUCCGUUUUUGCAGGCUUUGUUGGGUCAGAAGACUGGGCGUCGGACGGUGCCGAAUGUUUUGGUGAGUGGGAAGAGUAUUGGUGGGGGAGACGAUAUUGCGGCUUUGGAUCAGAGCGACGAGCUGGCUUCGACGCUGAGAUCAUUGGGUGGGAAGUGGAUUGUGGAAGUUGAGCAUUUGGAGGUUGAGAAGGGGCUGUGA